CUACAGAGAGUAAGAAAACAAAAAAAAACUCCAUUGUUCCUGCUGCUGCUCUGCUUCUUUCGAAUCGAAUCUCGGUCGGCCGGAUCUCAUCCUUGUUGCAAAAAUGAUGGCAAGACCGAGGAGUCAUCGUCCUUCAGCUCGGAAAUCCUCCCGUUCAACGCUCGUCUUCGCCGUAUUGAUCAUGUCCACUUUCGUGAUUUUGAUUCUUCUCGCCUUUGGAAUUCUCUCGGUGCCCAGCAACAAUGCGGGCUCCUCCAAAGCCAAUGAUCUCACUUCUAUUGUCCGUAAAACACUUCAGAGAGGUGUCGAGGAUGAUUCAAAGAACGAGCGUUGGGUUGAAAUUAUCUCUUGGGAACCCAGAGCUUCUGUUUACCACAAUUUCUUGACAAAGGAGGAAUGCAAGUAUCUAAUAGAGCUAGCUAAACCGCAUAUGGAGAAAUCAACUGUUGUCGACGAGAAGACUGGAAAGAGCACAGAUAGCAGGGUGCGAACCAGCUCAGGGACAUUUCUUGCAAGAGGGCGUGACAAAACUAUCCGUGAAAUUGAGAAAAGGAUAUCAGAUUUUACAUUCAUACCAGUUGAGCAUGGGGAAGGUCUUCAAGUUCUGCACUAUGAGAUUGGGCAGAAGUACGAGCCUCACUACGACUACUUCAUGGAUGAAUAUAACACUAGGAAUGGGGGACAGCGGAUAGCCACAGUUCUCAUGUACCUAUCAGAUGUUGAGGAGGGGGGUGAAACAGUGUUUCCGGCAGCCAAGGGAAACUAUAGCGCAGUGCCAUGGUGGAAUGAGUUGUCAGAGUGCGGGAAAGGAGGAUUGUCUGUGAAACCAAAGAUGGGAGAUGCAUUGCUUUUCUGGAGUAUGACGCCUGAUGCGACGCUAGACCCAUCUAGUCUUCAUGGUGGGUGUGCUGUUAUAAAAGGGAACAAGUGGUCGUCGACAAAGUGGUUGCGUGUACACGAGUACAAGGUUUGAGGGAAAGGUGUGGAGGUGAGUGGGUCACCAAGUUUUGAAGAGAGGGGUGGGAAAUGAGGAGCAAGCUUGUAGGGGUAAGUUAGGGGAUGAGACAUGGGAAUCAUUGUACGGUUUGUGAUUCGUUUGAUAUACAUAGAUAUACUGUAUGUUUGAUGGAUUAAGAAAAGCGCAUUUGGAUGGAUGAAGUUGGGUGGUGUUUCUGUUUCA